CACUCUACCCCAAAACAGUCAGUAGGUAAACAACACAGCUGUAGAACAGUCUUUUCCAGUUUCCACAACAUUAGCUAGGAACACGUUCCACAGGACGGGUACCAUUUGUAUUUUUGAUACCUUAACAAAAUGGAUUCAAAACGCGCGGCCCUCGAAUCCGGCGAUGGUCCGGACGCCAAGCGUCUCGACACCACCGACGAUCGGGACAACGAGUCGUCGGGUGGCGACGCCGGCCAGGUUAUGCUGGCCAAACACGUAGCACCCUACACGGGCAACGGAUGCACUCCCUCGCUGGAGUCCUAUCUGUUCGAGUCCACUCCCGCCGGCAGCCAACUGCUGCCGUGGAAGUCCAGCGCGGAUGGGCCGUUUUCGGACAAUGACGCCGAGCUGGAGAAGACCGCUAGUGACAACAAGAAGCCCGACACGGCCAAGUUGUCCCGUCGGGAGCUGGCCAAGAUGCGCCGCGAGCACACACUGAGGGCCCUCGCCCUGGAACGCGAGUUGACCAACAAGCCGGGCCAAGCACCCGCUUCCGAGGUGCUGCUCAUCCGCUUUCCCGAUCCCGAGAUUACUGCUCCCAUGCUGGCAGGACUGUCCAAGGAGAUUCGGGACGUGGUCUUGCCCAUCAGCGUGGCGCCGCGAUACUGUCUAGUGCAUCUGAAGGCCGGAGCCGAUGUGGAGGCCACCAUUCGCGACAUCAACAAGGUGCGCUUCGGUACGGGGUACCUUCGGGCGGAGCUCAAGCCGUUCUCCGACGAGGAGCAAGCCGAGUUCAUCGAUCCCUGUUCGCUGUAUGUGGGCAACAUGCCGUUCAACAUGACCACCUCGGCCAUCAAGGCCUACUUCGCCAACGCCAUGCGAGUGGACAUCGGAGUGCUGAAGCGCGAGAAGCGCGCCCGCUACGCCUUUGUGCGCUACGCCACACCUGACCAGACCAUGGAGGCGUUCAAGGAGCUGGUUGACUCGCCGCUGAACAGCCGCACUCUCACAGUCCGCUACCGGCGUCUUCGGAAGCGCGCCGGCAUGCCCACGGUACAGUGCGCCACCUCCUUCCAGGCGCUGCAGUCGCCAAAUGGAGACGACGACAAUACCGACUGCAAGGUCAUAUCACCACCUCCGGUGGAGUCGAUCAUAAUUAGCGACAGCGACAACAGCUCAGAUUCCAGUGGCAACGGCAAGAACGUCAGCAAGCGCAAGAACAAGAUUAACGAACAGGAGAGAGAGAUUCAGAAGCUAAAGCGUCAAAUGGUCGAGUAUGGCGCUAUUAUAAAAAGUUUGCAAUUCAGACAGAACAGCUUAGAAGAUACAUUUAUACCUGAUCUUACCCCCAAAGUAGAGCCGUGCGUGAAUCCUUCAGGUGGUUUACUACGAUCCAAAGAGGUGCACCUAAUGCGUGACAUUAAGAAAGAGUGUGACUAUUUGGGAAUCUCUGAUCCCGUAGCGGCUAGCAAGCCGGCAACACAACCCUUGGAUGACAGCCAGAAGAAAGCCAAAAAUUCCUGUUUUGGGCGGCUGUUUUCGGGUCCUUUCAGGCGAGGCACCAGUGCUGCUGACGAGCACGAGAAGGAUGACAGACUUGAGGAGCUCUAUGCUCAACUAGAACGCGAUCCUGAUCCUUAAUCUGUCGUGCUACAGUGUACCAAAUUACUAAGAAUACUAAUUUAGUUUAUUUUUUAUCGAA